AUGCCUGCCGACAUGAAGCCUGUCCCGCUCACCCUCGUCGUCGCCGCGACCCCGUCCAACGCGAUCGGGCGCAACUCGACCUUGCCCUGGCGGCUCUCGAACGAGAUGGCCUACUUUGCGCGCGUCACCAAGGGCGAGAAACCCGGUCGCAACGCCGUCAUCAUGGGCCGCAAGAGCUGGGAGGGGAUCCCGAGCCGGUUCAGGCCGUUGCCGGAGCGCGAGAACGUCGUCGUCAGCAGGCAGGAGGGGUUCGACCUCGGCGGCGCACCUCGCACCCACCUCGCGCCCUCCCUCGCAUCGGCCGUCUCGCUCUUGCGCGACCUCCCUCCCGCCUCUUUCGCCGACUCGACCGCCCCACUCGACCGCAUCUUCCUCAUCGGCGGCGCCCAGCUGUACAACGCCGCCCUCGAAGAAGCCGCCGCCGCCGACGCGCCCUCGUCCUCUCCCUACCUCGUCGACCGGGUCCUCCUCACGCGCCUCUCGACCGAGUACCCGGACUGCGACACGUACCUGCACGACUUCGCGGCCGACACGUCGACGUCGCCCGAGGGCCAGGCCAAGGUGUGGCGGCGAGCGAGCCACGACGAGCUGCGUGCGUGGGCAGGGUGGGACGUGCCCGAGGGCGUGCAGCAGGAGCAGGACAAGCUCGCCAAGGGCGAGAACAAGGUCGUCGAGUACGAGUUCCAGAUGUGGGUGCGGUAA